UCUUGCGUCGUUGCGUUGACACUUUCAGGGUUUUUCAAAAGUGUUACGCAACAGCAGCCAUGGCGAAGGAUCUGACGACGACCGUGUUCGAACCCAUCCAGCCCGAGGGCCUGGCGCUCGCUUUGAUGGUGACGACGAUUGUGUUUACUAUUUUAUCUACACUUGUAGUGGGCCUACGUUUUUAUGCUCGCAUUUCGCUUGGCUUGUUCUCCAUUGAGGACUGGUUGAUGCUUGCUGGAUGGCUUAUCAACCUUGGCCACAACGCUGCAGUCAUUGUUCUCUCAUAUAGUGGCAUUGGAUCGCCCGACGAUGUCAUCACGGUCGGCAUGCAGUUCCACAUGGGACUGUGGACAAUCAUCUGGCAGUUCCUCUAUGUGCUGGACGGCGCUCUCAUCAAGUCUAGCAUUAUCUGGACGCUGCUCCGACUCGCCAAGGGCCUGAACAAGAACUACACGCGCAUUCUAUGGGUUCUGUUUGGCUUUGCCUGGAUCACAUGGCAAAUCUCGUGGCCAGUCGCAAUCUUCCAGUGCAAGCCGGUCGCCGCCGCAUGGGGUGAGCCGGGAGACUGUACCUCUGGUCAGACAGUCAUCUUGAACGUGUCAUACUUUGUUUCCGCCGCCAACAUCUUCACCGAUAUCUCUACCUCGCUUGUGCCCGCCUUCUUGCUUCGCCACGUCCAGAUCCCCCCGAGAUUGAAGCUGGUCACCAUUGGUAUUCUGUCGCUGGGUGUUCUCGCAUCUGUAGCAACCACCAUCCGUAUUACUUACACUUGGGCCUACACUACGCCUCACAACAGAUAUUUCCAGAUUGGCAAGAUUGUCUUGUUGACCGUGCUCGAGUGUGACCUGGGUAUCAUCGCUGGUUCGAUGCCUAUGCUGCGUACUCUCCUGCGUGUUGUCGCUCCCGGCCUUGCUGCCACAGAUGGCGGCACACCUGGUCAAUCCCGCGACAUCAACCUCAAGACGAUUGGCUCUACUGGACGACGCACUCACAUGAAGCUCACAAAUGCUGGAGAGUCAAAAAACUAUGACAAGGACUACCACUUCCAAGACCGGGAAGGAAGCGAUGACAACGAGUCGAGCCGCCACAUCAUCCACGUUACUCGCAAGAUCGAGCAGGACAGCGUUUCUGACCGGGGCGUCAUGGAUGACCACUACCAAGUCGUCGUCACAAGCAGCGACGGCCAGGGCGUAAGCUACGGCGGUGAUAGGUUUCACUAAAGGGCUAUUUGCGAAAUCAUGAGGAUCGGGAUAAAAACGUGCUGGACUCGCUUUACUUUUAUUUGUUUUCUCACACCAACACCACGUGUCUAUUUACAUCAGUAUUUUAAUCAAUAGUCUUAUAGGAUUGCUAGGGCCUCAGGGCUAAGAAAAACCCGGAGUUUAGGAGGCUUUCAGUGCUUUUUACGACAUCGAGAGAAUUGAAUUCUCUGAGAUGGUAUAUUGGCAGAUAAAAAUAGAUUUUGCUUUUGACUAUC